AUGAAAAACCUUAUGCCACGGGAUUUCACAGUAUAUGGGAUUCAACGUUUCGGCAUCACUCUUGCAGGCCCACAAUGCGAGCCCCUGCAGGAGAAUACGGAGGAGUAUACCGCGCUGGCGUUUGCUAUCCAUGCCGGUAUCUCCAUUCUUGAAAAGGCUGCCGGCCGUCAAACCAUGGCGAGCCUUGGAACAGCACUUGUCCAAGCAUGGCUCCUCGGAGGUAACGGCUUUCGAUUCCAUGGGGACCAGGAUCAAAUGGCUGAGUAUGUGGACGAGUUCCUCCGCGCCAUUCGGGGCAACUUCCCUCGUGUCAUCUUGGACAGCUUGGGUGGCCCUGACGUGAUUGCUGAAGCGAGGCGCAUCCCAUGCCAGAAUCACAGCUUCUCCCAAUAUAACCCCAAGAGAGCUGGUGGGAUCUAUUACAAUCGGUCUCGAGUCUCCCAGAUGGCGUCGGCUGGUCGGGAGGCCAACGAGACAAGCCCUCACGGCAGAAAAAUGGCCGCUCGCUUUAGGACAUUUCUAUUUAUGUUUGCUAUAGCCACUGCUCAUGAGCUUACCCACCUCUUUGUGGGAUACCUCGCUCAAGGACAGGACACUACACAGUCAUACACACCGCCAACCGUAUCGUAUUUGAACUAUGCCGGACCCAGCUGGGGUGAGUCUGGACGCUGGCUGGAGAGCCAUUUAUUCGGCGGUUCAGUUGAAUUCUAUAGAGACAAAUCGGAUGACGAUGGUCAGGCCGGUAUUCCAUACGUUCUCGAUUCAGACGCCCUUGCGCGAAAGAUUCAACCAACUUGCGUACUCCAGCUCGUGACGAGCAUCGGAGAGUUCCAUACCUUCCCCUUCACUACGACUGGCAAGGCCCUCACGGCCGAAGAGAGGAGGGAGAGAGGUUUACUUAGCAUGGGCUCGGAAUACGUUAAUGGACCACAGGCAGGUGCUACGUUUAUGCGCUCGAGGUGGGAAGGACCGGCACCGUUGUAUGACAUCUCAGCCAGCGAGCUUUGUCGCGUUCCUCUCGAGCCGAGACGGGUCUUGAUGAAGAUCCGGGUAGUCUAA